UUCUGUGGUUUUCCACACGCCUGGGAUGACCAUAACCACCAUGGACGAAGCCGAUUCUCGACCACCGCUACUGGUGCGGGUGAAGAGGCGCUUGGAUGAAGAACCACUUCCAGAGAUCUUGGUGGAGGAGCCCCGGAAAGCGUCAGACAAGCGUGUGAGGCCAGAUGCCACUGCUGCAGCCUUGCGAUUAGUGGAUUCUGUGGGGUCCCAGCAAUGGCCCGACGAGGAGUACGGUUUGCCUGCCAGUUGGUUCCAUGCCGCAGCCAACGCCUCAUGGCCUUCCACCAUGCCUGAAGGAUGUCUGCAAAAAUUGCCAGCGGUCCCAUCCCUUCACGAGGCAUCAAGACGAAUGAUUCAGAGUUGGGAUGGUGGCACCAUGCUCAUCGAUGUGGACCGCGAGGACACUGAGAUGUCCGCUGUGCAAACUCAGGAAGCGGCACCUGCCUCCUUCACCAUCAACGGUGUGGAGAUGGUGGCGACGGCAGCUCCUGCAUCGAUCAAGUCGUCUGCAGACUUCGUGUGGGACGUCUAUGCGCUCAGCGACACCCCUGCGCCCAACUUGGCCGCUUCGCUGCGCUUGCAGGACCCGCUGGAGCUGGAUUUGGAAGAUGGUCUUGAUGACCUGGAGGAUAUUGAUGACAGCUCUGAUGAAGGUCGCCCGUGUGGCCCAGAUAGCGAUAGCGAUGACUGGCAUGAGACCCAGGAUCAUUCCAAUUGGACCGACGUGUUGGACUGAGCGUGGCCAGGUGACGUGGCCGAUUCCUCAUGCAGAGUAUGUGCGGAUACAGCC